GUUAGCAUGUAGCUGGUGUCGCGGUCUAUUUCCCGGAGGCCCAGCACACUCUGACCUGUGUGGCAACUUCAGCUGGCUCACUUUGUCCCGAGCGAUUCCACACCGAGCGAGCGGAUGGCAGUCGUUUAUUGGAAGCGACUGGUGUGUGUUAUUUGAGCGGAAUUGGUCUCGGGAGUGAUUUGUGGCACUUUCCUGCCGCGGUGGCUCCGGGGGCCCUGUGUGUUUCCGUAGCCUCCUAUUACCAAUGACGCGGACAUGGCUAUUUGCUGGGACAGCAGCAAGCCCUCGAAAUCGGUGUUUACAUUGAGAAACGGCGGUUAUUGCGCUGGUGGCCAACUGUAACACCUUCCGCGUUUCCACAGAGUUGUAGCAUCUGCGGCGUUCCGGUCCUCACAGGCAGGUGACGGCGCCGGAGUGAACGGCACCGACACCACUUCUCGGGGCAGCCUGGCUGGGAGGGCAACUCCGGAGCUCCAUUGCGGAGCCCGGACACCCCUCUGCACGCGGCGGCCACAGCACGGCACACAGCUUGUGCCAUCGGCUGUGUUCUGGAGGCGCUCGCUGGGCUGCAGGUCGGUUCGCUCGGCCGGACCGUGGCACAGCCAGGUCGCUGCCCAUUGUUUACCACGGUGGUUUGCUGACUGUUUCCGAGUGUUGGACGGCGAGCCCCAGCGGAGGUGGGACGCCUUUCAUUGCAGUUUCUCGAAGAGACGGUCCGAACCAUGACGUUCGAGCUGCUGACGAACGUUGACCGUGUACUUCGAGGCGUGAUGGAAACGUAUGCCCUGCACCUUACAUGGUUACUACCACCCAGUGGAGCUCGAGCCUCCCCCUGGCUUGUGUGUGCGCGAAGCUCAUGGCACGUCAACGCACCUCCAACUGUUUCUGUCCCGCGCCCGAUCCACUAACUCGUUUCAGGGCCAGACUUAUGUGACUCGGUACCAGAUCUGUUGACGUUAUGAGCCGUCGGUGAGACAGACGCGGGCAGAUGUUCCUGCCGCGCGCUCGUCCCGAAACACGCCGCGGCGUCCGGUCCACAGCCGGGAAGAAAACAACACCGGUAGCUGCAGUGUUGUCACUCCGAGCGUGGCGUGGAGCGCGGAGUCUGAGCGGAACCAAACUGGGGCGGUCUCGGUUCUGCACGAAACGAGCCGCGCCGCAACAGGAAGUUCUUGUCGGGGAAGUUUUGUUGGUGUAUCCCGAUCUAUUGCGAUGUUUCCCGGGUGUGUGCACUUGGCCGGGCCCUGUGCUCCAGGCAGCGGACUAUCUCUGUCACAGAGGUCAGGAUCAGUGAGGGGCAUGGAUGAGCAGAAGUCAAACUGUGACGAGAGCGAGUCGGAACCAACAGCUGACGAUAAAGCCUCGUCACAGCAACUGGUCUCCUCGGAUGGGGGGUCCAAGCCCCUUCCUCCUGUCAAAGUGGCCUCUUCUCCACCUGGGGAGAGCGUUCAAGUGUGUGCACUUUGUAACUGCACCGAGCGAAGCCUCCAUGGACAGAGGGAACUGCGACUCUUCGGGAAAACCCCUGAGCGGCCACUGUUGCUGGCGUCUGCUUCCACACUGCUCCGGCCUGGGAACGAUGACUUGUCUUCCAUUGGCUUCUCAGACACUCCAGCUGCGCUCUUGGAUGACUCAGGGGCUUGUUGGGUUCACCACUGGUGUGCGGUUUGGUCCGAGGGAGUGGAGCGAAAAGAGAACGAGGCGCUGGAGAAUGUUGACAAGGCUGUUAUCUCAGGGACACAACAGCGUUGUGAAUACUGCAAGAGGCUGGGAGCAAGUAUCCGCUGUCACAUUGAGGGCUGCUCGAGGUUUUACCACUUCCCUUGCGCGGCUGCGAGUGGAUCCUUCCAGUCUAUGAAGCGGCUGCUGCUCCUCUGUUCCGAGCACAUACACAAGGCAGAGGAGUUGGCAGGUGAAGAGUCGUGGUGCGCAGUGUGCGAUUCGGCGGGGGAGCUCGCAGACUUACUGUUUUGUACGGGUUGUGGCCUCCACUAUCAUGCUGCCUGUCUGGAGAUCGGUGCCACACCUAUCCAGAGGGCAGGUUGGCAGUGCCCCGAGUGCAAAGUGUGCCAGACUUGCAGACAACCAGGCGAAGAUUCCAAAAUGUUGGUUUGUGAUGCUUGUGACAAGGGCUACCACACCUUCUGUCUGCAGCCUGCCAUGGAAUCUCUCCCCAGCGAUCCAUGGAAAUGUAGAAGGUGUCGGACGUGCACGGAGUGUGGCGUUCGUGGCGUGUUGCUGUCAGGUUCGGCUCAGUGGUUUGACAACUACUCCGUCUGUGAGUCCUGCCAGCGCCAGCGGACCUCCACUUGUGUGGUGUGCAGCAAAGCUACAGACAGUUCGAUAGCUCUGCAGUGCUGCAACACCUGUCUCAGGUGGGUGCACAGCGAGUGUGCGUCACACAGGGAGUUGCCAGAGUCCAAGUGUGUUUGCCUGCUCUGUCAUGAGGAUCGUCUUCAGCAGCUGGGGAGACAAACGAAAGAAGCAUCGGAGGAAACAGAAGGGCAGGUUCACUUGGUGGAGAUGAUCAUCCAAACAGAUGCAGACAUGAUCUCAGAGGAGCAUAGGGAUUUAACUGAUGUGACUCUGAGUCAGAAAGAUUCCUCUGACACGCCACCUGCUGGAGAAGAGGAGAAAGAGACACAGAUGGAGUUGGGUGCUGAUGCUGCUGUUGACGCUGAUUCUCCAGUGAAACAAAGGAACUCUUGUCCACCUGCUGCUCAAACAAGAGCAGAAGAAACUCCAGACUCCACCUCCACUGCGUCACAGUCAAGCCCCAGUGAUCGGAGUUCAAAGCAGCAGGUGUCAGUGGAGCAACACUUGCAAGCAGAGUUGUUACAGACUGGGUCUGGAAGCAGCGUCGUGGCAGAGGCACCAAAGUUACCAACAUCUGGUGCCAUCAAAACCGAGUAUUUGCCCUCCAACCAUCAGCAGGAAGAUGGCAUGUCUACUCACGGCUGCUCUUUGGAGGGGAACUCGCGACGGGACUGCUCAACUGUGGACGUAGAAAGGGAUCUGCUGCAACACUCUGAAGAGGAGGAGGAUGACGAGGAUGAUGACCACAUGAAGGGAGAUGAACUGGACUACAAGCAGGAGCGGGAUAUUAAAUCAGAGUUGUUGCUCGAUGAGACAUCUAACAUUAGCCAGGGCGAUGAGAGCAGCAGUGGCUUCCUGGGGUCGCCGGGAGAACCGGACACUCAGCUGUCCUCAGAUCUGGGGCUCUUGCCUAGAGCCCUCUCGCACCACGACAACCUGCUCACAGAGACCGACGACUCGCUUCCAUUUGAACCACUCAGAAGCGACCGAGAGAAGGUGAAGCGAAGAGGAUCUCCUGGUCGAUCUCGGGUCAAACAGGGGAGGAGCAACAGCUUUCCGGGCCGACGACGGCCUCGUGGUGGAGGUGGUGGGCGUGGCCGAGGUGGAAGGUCACGCCUCAAAGCCAUGGCCUCAUGCAUAGAUGCUUUUUUGUUAAGUAUGACGGCAGACUCUGGUCUCAGCAAAGAGGAAGAUGAUGAUGAAGAUGACACCAUGCAGAACACAGUGGUCCUCUUCUCCAACACCGACAAGUUUGUCCUGCUGCAGGAUAUGUGUGUGGUGUGUGGCAGCUUUGGGAAAGGUGCCGAGGGGCAGCUGUUGGCCUGUGCGCAGUGUGCGCAGUGUUACCAUCCGUAUUGUGUGAACAGCAAAAUCACCAAGACCAUGCUGAGGAAGGGCUGGCGCUGUUUGGAAUGUAUAGUGUGUGAAGUUUGCGGAAAGGCUUCGGACCCCUCGCGUCUGCUUCUGUGUGACGACUGUGAUGUCAGCUAUCACACCUACUGCCUGGACCCGCCUCUGCACACCGUACCCAAGGGUGGUUGGAAGUGCAAAUGGUGUGUUUGUUGCGUUCAGUGUGGUUCGAACACAGCGGGCUUCCACUGCGAGUGGCAGAACAACUACACCCACUGUGGCCCCUGUGCCAGCCUGGUCACCUGCCCCGUGUGCAAGGAGAACUUCAUGGAGGAGGAGCUGCUGCUGCAGUGUCAGCACUGCGACCGAUGGGUGCACGCCGUCUGCGAGAGUCUCUACACUGAAGAUGAAGUGGAACAAGCGUCAGAUGAGGGUUUUGCUUGCACGUCCUGCAGCCCCUACGUUCCACGACCAGUGGUGGAGUCUUCUAUCAUGGCUUCAAUAAAGAUUAAAGAACCAGAGCCUCAGUUCUAUCGGCUGGAGGGCGUGUGGCUGACUGAGUCAGGGAUGUCUCUGCUUCGCAGCAUCUCCAUGUCUCCGCUGCUCAAAAGGCGCCAGCGUCGUUCACGUCUCGGUGCUCUCUGCUGUGACGGAGGCCCAGACGGAAUGGAUCUGAGAUUUGUCGAGGGCGAUGGAGAAGAUGGGAAAGGUUGUGGAGAGGCCAUGGAGUGUGAUCCGAAGAUGGAGAACCCUGGAAGCCCGGACCGCGACGGCGGUGCCGACAGAGACCUGAGUGCAGAGGCCGGCGCUGACAACAUGGCUGACUGUGAUGGUCUGAAAGGAGGAGCCGAUGAGAUGGAGGACGGCAAGAAGAAGAAACGGAAGCCCUACAGACCAGGAAUCGGAGGCUUCAUGGUGCGUCAAAGGAAAUGUCACACAAGGUUGAAGAAGGAAUUCUUUGCUCAGCUGGCUGGGGAGACGACACUGGACGGCCAUCCGAUCGAGAGAACCAUCGAGGAAGGACCCCACCCUGACACUGAUAACAUCAUGGACCCGAAACCUCUGGAUGGUGAGGAACAGGCGAAGAAACGUCGAGGCCGAAAGAAGAGCAAGCUGGAGGACAUGUUUCCAUCGUACCUGCAGGAGGCUUUUUUUGGAAAGACGCUUAUAGACCUGAGUAAGAAGGCCGUCCUCGUUCCUCAGGGCCACAGGCCAAGCAUAUGCCCUGUCCGACCCCCCCUGCCAGCGGAAGUCAAAGCUGCCCCUCUCCAGGCAGAGUCCAAGGACUGUGCGGGUGAACAUCUGAUCGAGCAGCAGCAGCAGCAGCAGCAGCAGCAGGGCGAGGCUCCCCAGGUUGAUCGAGAUCGUCCAGGUAGGUGUGCAGGUGGUGUGGCGUCGUCGUCUUCUGUAAAGCUCCACGUCUCCGCAGACUCCAGCACUCGAGCGGGAGAAGAUGUGGAUUCCAUUUCAGAUACUCCACAAGGGAUGGAUAGUCAGGAUUCUGAACAAUUCUUCAGGAAGGUUCUGGGUGUGUCGGACGGCUCCUCUUUCGAGGGAAUGAAGCCCAUCUUGGAUGGCAGUAGGGGAGAAAGCACCAGCGCUCUGCCGCAGACCUCUGUCCUCACAGGUUCGCUGCCCUCUGCUGGAAUGAUGGAGAACUUUCCUGGACUCUCUCAGUCGCCAUUCUUUGACUUGCGGGACAGAGGAGGCCUUUUCAGUCCCGAGGGCGGUGAGGAGAGUCCCUGGGCCACUCCCUCUACUCCAGCUACUCCUUCCUCCCCACCGACACCCACUGAGGCGGAGGGUGACGGGCUGUCUUACAACCAGCGCAGCCUCCAGCGCUGGGAGAAAGACGAGGAGCUGGGCGAGCUCUCCACCAUCUCCCCAGUUCUUUAUGCCAACACAAACUUCCCCAAUCUCAAACAGGACCAUCCAGACUGGGCCAGCCGCUGCAAGCAAAUCAUGAAGAUCUGGAGGAAAGUGUCUGCAGCUGACAAAGUUCCAUAUUUGCAAAAGGCCAAAGAUAAUCGAGCAGCACAGAGGAUCAACAAGGCACAGAAGCAGGCCGAGAUCCAGGUCUGCCGGCCCAUUAAGACUGAGCCGGUCCGCGUGAAGGGAGAGCGGCCGAGUUUACACCUUCAGAUUCCUCCACCAUCAAGCUGCACCUCAAUCUCAUCCCAGCCCAGCUCAGCAGGGAGCCCCUUUCCCUACCCUCCAGAUUCAGGAUCCUCCUCAGUUUUUUUCUCAGAUGGACACGUUAAGACGCCCGGGUCUGCCGAUAUUCGGACUGACCCCCUUGCUAGACUUCCACCUCAGUCGCCGCAUUCUCACUCGCACCCCAACACCCCCUUCUCCUACGCGGGGGCCAGCCCCAUUCAGGCCUCUUCCUCAGGUUUUUCCUCCUGUGGCCCACAGGGUCCUCCUCAGGGACGGCCAGCCAGUCUUGGUCCCUUUGACAUGCAACCAGGAACUCCUGGAACACCCAGACGGGCUCAGCAGGUUGAUCCCUACUUCAGAUCGCAGCUGCAACAGCAACAAGGUCAUUUACCGCCGUCACAGCAGGGCUCUCAGGAGUCUCUGGGACCUCCAGACAGCCCUCACUCAAGGGGGGCUCGACCUGGAGGGUCGCCCAUGUUCUCUCCAACUCACAGUGGCCAUUAUGGAGACUCUUUUAAAACCCAGCUGGGGAUUGGGAGGCCUGAGUACACUUCGUCUCCAUCGCCCUCUGCCGUGGCUUCUUCUCCACUGCAGGGCCAGUAUAGGGCUGAGGGAAGUGUCCCAUCGCCACGCUCGUCUUUGGCGAGGGCCGACGUCACUUCAGGUUCUCCUGCGGGGAUGCUGGACUCUGGAGACGGUUUAUUUAAAGCCCCUAUGAUGCCGCGAAUGCACCAAGGUGAUGGUGGAACUCCCCAUCCGGGUGCAUCCCCGAGCCACCAUUCUGAAGGUUACAGGCAGUCUCCCUCUCACUCUUUCUCUGACCCCCACUCUCAGCUACCAGCAACACUGCGACCAUCAUCAGCCGACAGCUGUUCUCUGGCUGCCCAGAGACUCUCUGGUGGGCAACAAGAAGGUGGUCCCAGAGUUCCCUCGAGUCCCCAGUCUCAUGGCAGCUGCCAGUCCCCCCUCACUCCUGGUGGCAAUUCUAAUGAUGCGUUCUCUGUUCAGUCGCCUGCCACGCCGCGCUUCCAGUCCCCAGAACACUGCAGUCGGCCGCCCUCACGGCCACAGUCCAGAGAUGCAUUUGCUACCAUCCACAAACCCCUGUGUCCGGUUAGUGGCACGCCCGAAGCAACACCCACCUUCAAAAGUUCACCUCAUUCGAAUCAACAGCUUCCAGUGAACCCUCCGAGUGGAUCGUCAGUGGAUCCUCUCGCUGGUAAAGCAACAGUUCCACCACCCUUCAGCCCCAGCUCCGGACCUCAACCGCAGGGCUUGGUUGGCGCCGGUCAUGCACCGCCACCUCAGCUGCAAUCAGCCACACCAGCAGACAACUUCAGUGUGACUGUGGCUCCAGUUUCUGGAUCUCAAGAGCUAACAGUCCGUCCGUCGGAUGCAUCACAGCCGCCCGCUGGAACAGCUGGUCAGGAAAUCCCAGAAAUGUCGGCAGCACAAGACCCGGCAUUAGUGGGUUUGAGUCCUUCAGAGCUGGAGAAGCACAAACAGCGUCAGAAGCUAAGGGAAUUCCUCAUCAGACAGCAGAUGCAGAGAAACUCCAUGAGACAAGAGAAGGAGGCAGCGGCCGCUGCUGCAGCAGCUGCGGCUGCAGGCAGUGGGUCCCCGGGCUGGACUGAGGGAGAGAUGGCCGCCUUCACCCACGACAAGCCGCACAGAGCCCCACCACCAUAUCCACAGGACCGUGUCAGUGGUGCUCAGACUCAUGUGGUGGGGAAGAUGCCGAUGGCUGCUGUUGGCACGGAGGGGAACCUCAUCCGACCAGCGCCAGCAGGGACUCCUGCCAUCAUGGAUCCCCGCGCACAACGAUGUUGUGCGUCCCUCAGGCAACCUGGUCCAUCCAGUCAACCGGGCAUGUUUGCUCGCCCACCGUUACCUCCUCAUUGGCACGGUCAAGCCCCUGGUCCAAGGAGGUUCCCGCACCCUACGAUGGAAACCAUGGGUGUGAGACACAACAUCCAAGCCAUGGAGAGCAUGGCUUCCCCUCAUGCUGUCAUGCCGGGAGCCCAUGGAGGAGAGGGUGUGCAGUCCAUCGGUCUGGGACCUCCUCCACAGUUCAUUGAAUUAAGGCACAACUCGCAGAGGCUCCCACUGCCACGACCUCAGUUCAUGCCGCGUGGACCACAGCAUCGGCCACGGAUGUUUGUGCCACAGCACGACAUGUCCGCAGCUUAUGUUCAGCAGCACCCUUUGGUUCAAGCUGGUGGACAUCCAGAGGGCAGUGGGCCACAGGUGAUGCUGCAGCAGGGUGCAGUCUCUGGUUUGCUACAGCCACAUCAGACCCCCGCAACUGUCAGCGGUCCUGGACAGAACCGACUUGUUCAUCAAAAUCCAGUUUCUGUGUCACAGUCAGCUUCUGUAUCCACCAACGAGGACCUGCCCGAGGCAGACCUGGAGGCUCUCGAAGCUGCUCCGGGGGAUGGAGGCGUUGAGGACGACGAUGAUUUGGCCCUCGAUUUGGAUCCAGAUAAGGGCGAUGAUGAUUUAGGGAACUUGGACAACCUCGAGACCAACGACCCCCACUUGGAUGACUUACUGAACAGCGAUGAGUUUGACUUGCUGGCUUACACUGACCCUGAGUUGGACCAAGGAGACCCAAAAGACGGCUUCUCAGACCAGUUGCGCUUGGUUGAGGCAGAAAGUGAAACUCCGUCUUUGUCAGGAUCCAAACUAACCAAAGCUGAGCCAAAAGGCUCGGGUGAGCCCGAGAGGAAGCCUCUGUCCUCCUCAGCUGGUCUCCCUGUCACUCAAACACCAUCGGCGGAUGAAGUGGCUGGUCCGUUGAAGGUCAAAGUGGAGAGCAGGGGCCUGGCAGAACAGACUGUAGUGAAGGAUGAAAUGGUGGCCGCAGUGUCCUUGCUUCUGGGUGAGACCACGUCAUCCGUCAAACCUGCCCAGUCUGAAAACCCUUCGCUGAGUUCGGUCCGACUGGGGGAAAUUCAGUACCCCCUGCCCAGUCAAACAGAUGCGCUCCCUUUUCCUCCGGCUGCAGCACAUUCAGACAUCGAUGACGAUGCUCUGGAGUUGCCUGACGUUGGAGGGCAGCAUUCGCCCGCAGUGGAUUUAGCCAAGGUGGAGAGCUCCUUAGACGGUGAGCUGCCUCUCCUCAUUCAAGACCUGCUGGAGCAUGAGAAGAAGGAGCAGCAGAAGCAGCAGCAGCAGCAGCAGCUCAGCUCUCUUCAACAGGGAGGCAUGGCUCGCCAUUUAUCUGGCCUUCAGGGUCAGCAGCCCAACACACAGGCCCCGCCGGGGCAGAUCAUGCUGCCACAGCAUCACCGAGCCCCUCCUCCGGCAAUGCUGGCUCAGCCAGGUAUGGUGCCCCGUGCUCAGCAUGUGAUGCAGCCGCAGCAAAGGCUCAUGGGACCUGGCAUGACUCCACACAUGGCCAUGAACCCACAUCAAGCGAUGAUCAGGAUGGGACAGCCGGGGAUGCACACCGGCCCUGGUCAUCCGCAACAUCAGCAGCCGCAAAUCAAGCAGUCCCUGCCCAACAACUUCUUCCCAGACAAAGAGCUGGACAAAUUUGCCACCGACGACAUCCUGGAUCCUAUCGCCAAAGCAAAGAUGGUGGCUCUGAAGGGCAUCAAGAGAGUGUUGGCACAAGAGCCCAUGGUGGGCUCCCCUGGCAUAAACAGGCAACAAGUGUCGCUCCUUGCUCAAAGGCUGGCCUCUGCCCCCGGCACGGAUCCUGGUCCGCUCGUGUCCGGACCUCCAAAGGAAGGAGAAGCCGCUGAUCCCACCCCGUCACGACCAAACCCGCCUCAGUUUGUGCAGGGAAUCAUCAAUGAUGCAGAGCAGCACCAGUACGAAGAAUGGCUUCUCCACACGCAGCAGUUGCUCCAGAUGCAGCUGAAGUUCUUGGAAGAACAAAUCGGAGUUCACCGCAAAUCCCGCAAGGCCCUGUGUGCGAAACAGCGCACGGCGAAAAAAGCAGGCCGAGAGUUUGCCGAGGCGGAUGCAGAGAAACUGAAGCUGGUGACCGAGGAGCAAAGUAAAAUUCAGAAGCAACUUGACCAGGUACGAAAGCAGCAGAAGGAGCACACCAAUCUCAUCGCCGAGUACCGAAGCAAGCAGCAACAGCAUCAGCAGGGUUCAGGCCUCAUGGUGCCAGGACAUCCCGUGCAAGGUGGGCCGCCCCACAUGUUUCCGAAGAUGGGCGGCCAGAUGGUGAUGGGCCAACAGGGAGCGCCAGUCAUUGGACAGCACGCUGCUCUCGGUCCCCAUGGAGGGAUGCCGGUCAGGGUGCCGCAGAAUCAGCCCUUCAUGGGAGCGGCUCAAGCACAGGUUGCUGCCGGACCGUUGGCUCAAAGGCCUCCAUGUCCGCCUGGUGCCGCUGCAGGAUUCUUUCCACAAGGUCCUGGAAUGCAAGGGCCGGACCCCAGGCUUCUCCAAGAAAGGCAGAUGCAGCAGCGGAUGCAGAUGGCAAAGUUGCAGCAGCAGCAGCAAGCCAUGAUGGGCCAGCAGCCGGGCCCAGUCGGGCAGCCGCAGGCCAGCAUGAUGGGAAACCAGGCGUCGGUUCAGCAGGGAAUAUCAGCCGGCCCGUCGAAUCAGGCUCACACAGGGCUGCCUGGAAACCAGCAGGUCAAUUUGAUGCCUCAGAACCCUGUUGCGCAUCCUGGUAACCACAAUCAAGCCAUGAUGGCAGCGCCACCUGGGAUGAUGGGGAACCCGACGGGUGUGCACCAGCAAAGGCCGCAGCUGAUGAUGGUUCAGCAGGGAAUGGUUGAGUCGGCGGGUCACCCGUGCCCCCCUCUGACGCCUCAGCAGCAGCAGAACAUUCUGGCCCAGCGCAUGCUGGCCUCUCAGCAGCAGGGUGCCCCCAACAACAUGGCUCAUCUUCAGCAGCAGCAGCAGCAGAGGCAAGCAACUCCACAGUCCACCUCAGAGCAAGGGAGGCUAUCCCAACCCUCCACACCUCAAAUGGGUUCGUCGCCCUCUGCAGGAAGCCUCACGCCACAGCACCAAGGAGCUGCAGAUGGCCACAGCAAAGAGGCUGAGCUGGUCGGUUCUGAUGUGAGAACGCCGCCACAGCGAAGUGGGUCUUCCACUCCCAGCAUGAUGCCACUGCUGGACUCUGCUAAAGACCCAAAGACCGAUUUGGGACAGCAAGUGAUGGGUGAACCGCAGAGUCAUGGUUACGUGAUGCAGCAACAGCAUUCCAACCUACAACAACCAUGUGCUGCUGGAAACCAGCAGACGGGUGUGGCUCAACAACUCCAACCUUCGUCUCUUGAGCCAAACGGUGAUAACCCAACUUUGUCUGUUAAAGAGGAGGUGAAGCCUGCAGAGCUCCUCACGCCACAGCAGCACCAGCAAACCCCGGUCAAAGAUGCCACACAAACCUCACAUGAUCCCUGCGGGCAGCAACAGAUGGGCCAGAACAAUCUCAGCCAGCCGCAGCAGGUCCUCCUGGCUCACCAUCCUCAUCAGCAAGCUCUCCUCACCCAACAGCAGAAGCAGCAGGCCAUGAUGGGCAUGAUUCGAGCCCAGCAGCAAGGCCUGAUGGGACACAGGCCGGGAGUUCCCUCCACGCCGCUCCGCACUCCCAUCAACAUUCAGGCCAUCAUUGCUCAGAAUCCCCAGCUGCGGAAUCUCCCCCCAAACCAGCAGAUCCAGCACAUCCAGGCCAUGAUCGCACAGAGACAGCUUCAGCAGGGACAGAUGCUGCGGAUGUCGGUGGGUCCAGGCCACCACCAUCAGCUGAGGCCUCACCUGACACCCAGUGGACAGCAGGUUCCAAGAAUGGAAGGCCAGCAGAUGCCAUACAGUGACAUGGGGAAGCAGCAGCAGCAGUUCCAGCAGAGGAUGAUGGUUCCUGGGCUGCAGCAGGCUGGUGGUAUGGUUCCUCAACACAUGGUCAGAGGUCAGGUGGCCAUGCCGCGCUCGCCCUUGGACCAGAGUCGGAUGGUGAGGCCUGGAUCUCCACGUCAGCCGCUCGCCUCCUCACCUGGGGAUCCACCGCGUCAAGUGCUGGCCAUGCAGCCGCCCAACCCGAACCAGCAGGCCGUGAUGGCAGUUGGACGCAUGCAAGGCUCCCCUUCUAACGCAUACUCUCCCAGAGCUCCGUUUGGAAUGAGCCCCGCUCACCCAGCUUCUCCUCUGUCGUCACAUGUCUCCUCACCCUCGAUGUCUGAAUGCAGAGGUGGAAGAGGAAGUCCAUACAACCAGGUCAAGGUGUCCCCACUGAGAUCUCCUGGAGCCAAGAGCCCGCUGGACUGUCCGGGCCCAAGAACAGAAAGUCAGGUGCCAAGCAGCGAAACCAUUCCCAACGGUCCCGAAGGACCGCCAAGUGUUCAUCAGCAGCUUCCACAGGUUAAGGAUGCUCCUCACAUGCUGCCGAGCUCCAAAGACGGCGGAGAGGUUUGUCGACUGACCCUGCAGAACAUCAAGCAGGAGCCGAGAGAGGUCCAGUGUGCCGGGGUGGAAGUGAGCCACGGAGCAGUCAAGAGAGAAGCCGCGGGUGACCCGGUUCCAUCGGGGAACAACUCCCAACUCAUGAGCGCAGAAACCCCAGGGAGCGCGGGCCCGCAGUCUGAAACUGGACAGCAGCUGCUUCAGAAGCUUUUGAGAACCAAGAACCUUCAGCUGGGCGCUCAGAGGCCAUCUGAAGGAAUCCACAACGAAAUCAACGGCCACAUCAACAGCAAGCUGGCGCUGCUGGAGCAGAAGCUCCAGGGGACGCCCAGGAACAUGGAGGACCUGCAGUCACUCACGAAAAGGACCCCCCUCCCCAAGCCCAAGCGCACCAACAAACCCGGUGGGGACCGAGGCAUCAACGCGCGCAAGAAAAAUCGAAAGGAGGACGUCGGGAAAAGUGCGGAGGCCCUGAUCAAACAAAUCAAACAGGGUCUCUCGCUCCUCCCGCUGAUGGAGCCUUCCAUCACGGCCAGUCUGGACUUGUUUGCUCCGUUCGGCAGCAGCCCAGCGGAUGAAAAAGCGUUGCUGAAAGGGACGUUUGGAAACGCAGUGCUGGACGAUAUUCCCGACUACUACUCCCAGCUGCUUACCAAGUGUGACCUCAGCAACCCACCCACACCGCCCUCGUCCCUCCCACCCACACCUCCCCCAUCUGUCCAGCACAAGUUGGUGAACGGCAUGACCCCCGGAGGGGAGAUGUCUGACGGCCAGAGGAGGGCGGAGCCAGAGGAGGAGCUGCUGGGUGAGUGUGCCGACCUCAGGGUCAGGACGCUUCUGACAGCGGCUCGUGAGACGCGUUGCCCGGCUUCUGCAGGCUCGGUGAAGGAGAAGCCCAAGAGUGUGGACAUCCUGGCGGCUCUUCCCACCCCACCGCACAACCACAAUGAGGACAUCAGGAUGGAGAGCGACGAGGAGGAGGACCCUCCAGAAACCAUCAUUCCAGCGUCGUCCCCCGAGAGUGGUGUUGGAGAGGAGACGCCACGCUUCCCUCACCUGCGGGAGCCCAAAGAGGAGGAGACGGAGAGAGCCAUAUCCCCCAUCAUCCCGCUCAUCCCCCGCACCGCCAUCCCAGCGUUCACAGAUGAGGGCACACUGGACGCAGCUCAGGGGACGGCGCCGUCCGCGGUCGAGUCCUGGGACAAGAGGAAAAGCAACGAGGUGGCUGUGACCUUCAUGUUGACCUCGGCCGCAGCCAAGAAACUCAACCACGUGAUGAUGGCGAUGGCUCAGCUGCUGAAGAUCAGGAUGCCGGUGUCUUACGAGGUGACGUUCCCGCCGCAAAACCCCGACGCGCAGGCGGUGGACGCCGCGGGGAAGUUAACAGGAUGUGACGGCGCCCCAGUGAGUCAGGACGAGUGGCUGCGGCAGUUCGACGUGUCGCUGCCGGGCUGCACGCUGAAGAAGCAGGUGGACAUCCUGGCCCUCAUCAAACAGGAGUUCCCUGAUGGCGACGACAGGCCAGCGCAACACUGCUACACCACCAAAGUCAGCGACCUGGAUGUGCGCCACCUCCCCGUCAUCCCGGUGGAGGAAUCCCCGCCUCCGUCCCCCCUGCCUCCGCCUUCUCGUGCACCAGACCAAAGAGCGGAGCCUGCCCGGACCUCAGGAUCCCCUGCCACCGCCCCUGCCAGUCCAGUCGCUCUCCGCAUCAAGGUGGAGCCCCAGCAGCAGGACGCUGGCCACGCUGCUCUGUCCUCACACGCUUCAGAGGACGGUCAGACUCCUGCGGCGCGGGAGCCUGAGCCGUCCUGCGCUCUGGACUCCUCUCCCAAGGCCAUGAAGCAGCGCCGGCCGCUCUCCCCCGACGAGGAGCUGGUGCUGCCCAAAGUCAAGAAGUGGAAAGGGAUUCGCUGGAAGCGCCUGCAGCUGGUCAUCACCAUACGGAAAGGUGGAUCGAAGAAGGAGAGCAGCCGCGAGGUUUCCGAGCUGAUGGAGCGGCUGCGCAUCACUCUCCGACCCGAGCGGCUGCCGCGGGACCGCCGCAAGUGCUGCUUCUGCCACGAGGAGGGCGACGGCUCCACCGACGGACCGGCCCGCCUCCUCAACAUCGACGUGGACCUCUGGGUGCACCUCAACUGCGCCCUGUGGUCCACAGAAGUCUACGAGACCCAGGGCGGCGCCCUCAUCAAUGUGGAGGUGGCGCUGCGGCGGGGGCUGCGCACCUUGUGUGCCUGCUGCCAGAAGACCGGCGCCACCAACAGCUGCAACAGGCUGCGCUGCCCUAACGUCUACCACUUUGCUUGUGCCAUCCGGGCGCGCUGCAUGUUCUUCAAGGACAAGACCAUGUUGUGCACGCAGCACAAGCUGAAGGGUCCCAGCGACGACGAGCUCAGCACCUUUGCCGUGCUGCGCAGAGUCUACAUCGAGCGCGACGAGGUGAAGCAGAUCGCCAGCAUCCUGCAGAGGAGCGACCGCGUCCACCUCUUCCGGGUCGGCGGCCUCAUCUUCCACGCCGUGGGUCAGCUGCUGCCCUCGCAGUUGGCAAACUUCCACUCGCCCACCGCCAUCUUCCCCAUCGGCUACGAAGCCACGCGCAUCUACUGGAGCACGCGCCUCCCCAACAAGCGCUGCCGCUACCGCUGCCGCAUCAGCGAGGAGGAAGGCCGCCCGCUGUUCGAGGUGCGGGUCCUGGAGCACGGCCUGGAGGACCUGCACUACCGCGACUCCAGCCCAGACGGGAUCUGGGAGCAGAUCGUUCAGCAGGUGGCCAAGCUGCGGGACGAUUCCUCCAUGUUGAAGCUGUUCACCGACCAGGUCAAAGGAGAGGAGAUGUACGGCCUCACCAUCCACGCCGUCAUGCGCAUCACUGAGUCGCUGCCCGGUGUGGAGAACUGCCAGAACUACCAGUUCAGGUACGGCCGACACCCACUGAUGGAGCUCCCGCUCAUGAUCAACCCCAGCGGCUCGGCCCGCUCCGAGCCCAAAGUGGCCACGCAGUGCAAAAGGCCGCACACCCUCAACAGCACCAGCGUGUCCAAGGCCUACCAGAGCACCUUCACCGGGGAGAUGAACACGCCCUACAGCAAGCAGUUUGUGCACUCCAAGUCCUCGCAGUACCGCCGCCUGAAGACGGAGUGGAAGAACAACGUGUACCUGGCGCGCUCCCGCAUCCAGGGGCUGGGUCUGUACGCCGCCAAGGACCUGGAGAAGCACACCAUGGUCAUCGAGUACAUCGGCACCGUCAUCCGAAACGAGGUGGCCAAUCGCCGCGAGAAGAUCUACGAGUCGCAGAACCGCGGCAUCUACAUGUUCCGCAUCAACAACGAGCAGGUGAUCGACGCCACCCUGACCGGCGGCCCGGCACGCUACGUCAACCACUCCUGCGCCCCCAACUGCGUGGCCGAGGUCGUGACCUUUGACAAAGAGGACAAGAUCAUCAUCAUCUCCAGCCGCAGGAUCCCCAAAGGAGAGGAGCUGACGUACGACUACCAGUUUGACUUUGAGGACGACCAGAACAAGAUCCCGUGUCACUGCGGAGCCUGGAACUGCAGGAAGUGGAUGAACUGAGGAGGACGGGGCCAGAAGAGCGGGGCGCCAAAGCCGCCAGCGAAUAAGCUGUUUGUGAAGAGCGCUGGCCAGAGAGGGCGCGCCGCCGCCGCAGGGUCCACACACGUAGCCAAAGCUUUCCGAGAGCAUUCACGGAGGACGGCUGGGGGGCUCCUCGCCAUCAGCCGAAUGAUCCUCGGGAAUCAGCCACACAAAGCCAUGUUAGAGAAUACUAAGGACGACUUCCCGGCCCCGCCCCCGGCCCCGCCCCCCUCUCCAACACACACGUGCUCUGACUUCAGCUGACAAUCGAUGGAGGAGCUUGUGAGGACCCGCGGCUCUACCUCAUUGAUUUGGCGGGAAGUGUGAACGGCGGGGGGGCGGGGCUUCCCGUACGAGCAGGGAAUCUAAACGCAGCAGGUUUGCUGACGACGACGACGACUGACUAUCAGGAGCCGACCCUAUUUAUAUUUGAUAGCUUCACCACCACCACACAGUCAGGCGCCGCCGCCGCCUCAUCCACGUGGCUCCUCUCUUUCUGCCGCAUAAAGCACAACUCUCCCCCCAGCAGGAGGCGGACGCACGACUACUACGCCACACAUCCUCACCUGCUCGCUGGGCUGAACUAUACUGUCAUGCUGUCGUGGGUCUUCCUCUGUUUCGACUUCCUCGUGCUGGUCCUGCCCUCCAGGCUGAGCUGAUGGCAGGGAAGACUCUCAAUCAAGGGCAUUUGUUCUCUCUCUGGGUGACCUCACCUGACUUCACGUGGAAGUGUACAGACUGUAGAUAAAGUAUAUGCAUCCUUGGUCCCGCCCCCCGUUGUGCUCUGGGUCCCAGGUGUGGAGAGGUCAACCACUGGAUAUCAUUUGAACAAAGCUGUAUAUACCUAUAAAUAGAUGUACAAUGGCAAACUAAUAUCUUUAUGUAUAUGAACCAGAGUGUUUUUGCAUUCUUCUGUUUUUCUAUGAGUGUUUUUUGCUAUCUGCUCUCAGAGAGGCGUUUGUUCAGCUUGUGAUGACUGGACCCCCCCCCGACCCCCUGCUUUUAUUUAUGCUGGUGAGAGGAAGCCAACAGUGUCAGUGUUGUGGAUUCCCUCUGCCAGUGACUCGGCGUCUCCAUUCGAAAGCCACGCGCCCAUGAAUUGCACUGGUCCGACCAGACCUUCUCAGAGCUGUGUGUGUGUGUGUGUGUGUGUGUGUGUGUGUCCAGGGAAGACUGCUGGAUUUUUAGCCUUUUUCCAACUUCUCUCAAGCGUAAUUUAAGUUCUGCAUAUCUGGUAAUUUAAUAAAGUUUGCUCCGGUCUGUCCAGCUGAUGUUCAUCUGGAAGUGA